AUGGCCAUUUCUUACACACAACAAAGGACGAAUGUCCCUGCAUCAGUAGCGCAGCUAUCGUCAUCCCUCGGCCGCUCUAAUGAGCCGGCGUAUGUGGAAGGCAUGGUACCACCAUCCUCUGAUCUACUUGUUCGAUUAUGGUCUGUGAUCCAACGCUUGGAAGAUGAGGUUGAUGUUGAGCGUGAGAGGAAUCGUACUCUUACUACUCAAGUGGACAGUCUAACAGAUCAUCUUGCUACCUCCAACACUUUGCUUGCCACUCUUAGUGGUAUGUCUACUACCUCAGGUCUGGCUGGUGCUCCCCCUACAGCGUUUCCUUCGACUGUUGAUUCUAACGUCCCCGUUGUAGCACUAUCUGGGGAGGCUUCUUCGACUGAUAGCUGGAAGCAGCGACAACAUCUACUAUCGUCUCCUCCUUCUACGGCUAUCGGGACUACUUUCCCUGACCAUGGUGUGCCCUUAUGGCAUGUAUUGAGAUCACUGAGUAACAUUGAUGAGAAGAGAGUCUUCACUGUGCGUAAGAUUCAAAAGCUGGGCUUCGAGUCCCCUCCUAAGCUGAGAGAGUAUUUCUCAUUAUGGGGACGGGUAACUAACAUAAUGGUAUUGCAUCGACAAGCUCGAACGACCUCCUCUUCUUCUAGUGGUGAUAUGAGUAACGACAAGAACGUCCGAGUGAGGCCACCGAGUGUCGGCUUUGUGGUGAUGGAGGAUCCAGAGGUUGUCACUAGAAUCCUAGCUACUCCCCAGCAUACUAUAUGUGGUCAUUCCUGCGAGGUGCAGGUCUUUGAAAGGAAACAUAGACAUGCUACCAAUUGUGAAUCGUUAUUGUCGGAGACUAGUUCGGUGUCCUCCCCAGCCAGGUUCCUUGGUACGAACAUGAACGUCAUCAAGGGGGAGGAACUGCCCGAUCUGAGGAGUGGUUCUAUGAGGAUGGUAGGGAAGGAGUAUAAGAAGGAACACUCGUAUGCCUCUGGCGCUGCUAGUGGGGCUUAUGAUACAGGACUUCCUGUUCCAUAG